AUGGGGAAUGGGGAAUGGGUUGUGGUGUUGGAUAUAUCAACGCAAUCCCUCUCCCCCCGCUGGCUCUCCGAAGUCAAGCACCGCAUCGGGCACUGCAUAACCUUCGGGCUCACAACCCCCCAAAUCCACGAAGCCGGCAAGAUCCUAACAGCGAUCGCGAAAGACUGGAGGGAACUGGUCGCGGGGAGUGAAGGGUUUUUGACGGCGCGGGAGAGGAGGAGUAUGUUUCGGUUGCCGGUGGUGUGGGGGGAGCAGGAUUCUAUGGGUCAUGUGAAUAAUGUUGUCUACAAUCGAUACGCGGAGACCGGCCGGAUAGGAUGGGCAUCGAAUUAUUCGAAGUACAUCGACCCAGAGAAUGCAGAUGCAUGGCGAGGCCUGUGGACGCCCAAAGGCGAAGGGCUCAUUCUGAGGAAGAUCACCACGGAAUUCAAGUUCCCAAUGCAAUACCCCGACCACGUUACCAUAUACCACAAACUCGCAAAGCAGCCGGUGGAGGGUACAGACACUUUUGACCUGCACGUGCUCAUCCUCUCCGAGUUGCAUCAACGACCUGCAGCGCGGGUGGUCGAGGAUUGCGUGCUUUACGACUAUCGGAAAGGCAAGAAGACACCGAUCCGGCCAUUCAUGCUGGAUGUCCUGCAGGAGACGUGGAGGCUACAGGAAGAAGCCAAGCGGGAGAACAGUAAGCGAGUCGUUGAUAUCCUCGACAGAGUACGGCGGCUUGAAGUGGAUUCUUGGGAUAGGCCAGACGCUGUGGAAGAUAUGGGUAGCAGUCAAAGUAGGUGA